UUUGUACAUAUAUGUAUCACAGAAAUAUGAUUUGUUGAUUUAGAAAAAUUUUGCUAUAAAUUAUGCGCGCAGAAUCGUAAUUGACAUCAGUUAACUCGCAGCAGCCAAUUAACAACAAACUUUGACAAAAUGAAAUUCCUCAUCUGUUUCGCACUCCUCUUCGUCGUCGCUCAAGCCAAUCCUGGUUUGGUGGCUCCUUUGACCUACUCCGCCGCUGCUGUGCCCGCCUAUGCCACCUACGCCGCCUCUCCCUACGCCGCAGCUCCUUAUGCCGCCGCUCCUUAUGCCGCCUACUCUACCUAUGCCGCUCCUGCCGUUGCCACCUACUCUCACUCCGCUUACUCCGCCCCAGCAGUGGCCACAUACUCCCAUGUUGCUGCUCCUGCUGUCUACAGCGCUCCUGUUGCACGUGUCGCUGCGGUAGCUCCAGUCACCUACUCCGCUCCCUUGGUGUCCACUUUGUUGAAAAAGAAGUAAAAAUGCUGAUUAUUUAAUAAACGUGAAUAGAAUGGAAUGAAAUGUUGAACGACCGAAUAAAAAUUUAAAUGCAAUAUAA